CGCACAAUUACAUUACGCACAUACACACAGCUGUACACCAGGUGACCUGACAGGAGAAAAACACAACGUAAGUUCUCAGCUUUUCUUAAGCUCGAUUUGGUUAAAACUGUUCCGUAUGUAGAUUUCUCAUGAUGUGGCGCCUUUAAGAAUGAGCACACAGGAAGUUGAGAAACAGGAUGUUGGAUAUGAGACUCCACCAGUGUGUGACCUUCUGACCCUGCUGUUAAAGAACCGGCGACCCUCAGGGGCCUGUAAUGAGGUCUGGCCCAACAUCUACAUCAGUGACGCGGCAACGGCGAGAGAGAAGACGCUGCUGCAGAGUCUCGGGAUCUCUCACAUCAUCAACGCUGCACAUGGACCACAUCACAUCGACACCGGAGCAGACUUCUAUUCAAACACAAACGUACAGUACUACGGCGUGGAGGCGUCAGACAGCAGACACUUUGAUAUGACGCCAUUUUUCUACCCUACGGCCACUUUUAUUCAUGAUGCUUUAAACCAGCCACAUGGAAAGGUUCUGGUUCAUUGCGCUCGGGGCGUGAGUCGAUCAGCAGCUCUGGUGUUGGCGUAUCUGAUGAUUCAUCAAAGACUUACUCUGUCUGAAGCCAUAAACAUCGUUUCCGGAUGUCGAAACAUUUUACCCAACGCUGGAUUUCUUCAGCAGCUCCGUCAGCUGGACUCCACCCUCGCCCUGCAGAGAAACAGACAGAUGGAUACGUCGCUUGUGCGCGCGUGCUGGGGUUCAGACUUCUGUAAUGAAAUUCAAAACAAAGACUUCAGGAGACAGCUUACGAGUCUGACAGCAAUAAUAAAACACAAACAACAUCAUCGAGCUGUUCAAUUAAUCCUUCUGUACUCAAGCUGGUUGAAGAUGACGUCUCAAGGGAAGACUGAAGCUUCCGAAGAGGAAUAUUUCACUCCGAACGGCUACGAGCUUGAGAAACAUCUCACACACGGCAGCGUGGCCUACACACACGUCAAUGAGGUCUGGCCCAACGUUUACAUAGGAAAUGAAGAAACAGCAAGAGACCGACACAAGCUGAAGAGUCUGGACAUCACACACAUACUGAACGCUGCGGAGGGCGAGUGGAACAGCGUGGAGACAGGGCCAGAAUACUACAAAGAUAUGAAUGUGGAUUACUACGGUAUUACAGCCGAAGACACCACUACCUUCAACCUCAGCCAGUACUUCUACACCACAGCAGAAUAUAUCCAUCAGACGCUCGUGAACCCUCAGAAUAAGAUGCUCAUUCAUUGUGUGAUGGGUCGCAGUCGCUCUGCUACACUUUUUCUGGCUUACCUGAUGAUCCAUGAGAACAUGACGGUGGUAGACGCCAUUGAUCACGUCAAACGCCGCAGACGCAUCAUUCCUAACUGGGGCUUCCUGAAACAGCUGCGAGAACUGGACAUCUCACUGCUGGAACAGAGAAGAGCUCAAAACACACAACCCCAACAAACUCGACACGUCAAGAAAUAAUUAAACCAUCAUUAUUCUACACUAGGCUCUUCCAAAACUUUAUGCUGGAAUCUCGAGAUUUCUUUGAGGAGUCUUCGGCAACACCUUUAUCUGAUGUCUCAAAGCCCUCAUUUAGAAACCACUGCUGCUCACUAACCAAUCAAAUCUCCAUGGAAAGAAUCUGAAUGUUUCUUAGCCAGUUUACUUCAGAAAUUCAGUUUCAUGUUGACUUAAACACAUCAUAACAUACUCUUGUGUAAAGAUUAUCAUUAUAAUGUAUACUACUGAAGUAUACUGUGGAGUAAACAGGACAUUGUCAUUAUAUUAUUUACUCAACAUAUUGAAAAGUCUUGUGAAAACGUAUUCAUGCUGCAAAGACAAUAAAACCUAAUAAACCUUAAAAAUAAUUUAUCACCGCUGGUUUAACAUCAGAGGAAAA